AUGUUGAAGAUCUCCGUCAACAACAACAACAAUAAUAAUAAUAAUAAUAAUAGUAAUAAUAAUUAUAAUAUCUAUCUAUCUAUCUAUCUAUCUAUCUAUCUAUCUAUCUAUCUAUCUAUCUAUCUAUCUAAAAUUCAUAUUGUUUCUUUUUGCCUAAUCCACUCAUACUAUUCUUUCUUUCUUUCUUUCUUUCUUUCUUUCUUUCUUUCUUUCUUUCUUUCUUUCUUUCUUUCUCAUUCUCGAAUUCCAUCUACUUGCCCUGAAGUUCUUUCCCUUCCAUAUUUUUACCACUUAAUUUCUUUCUUGCUUUCUUCAACACUUUCAAUUACUUUUGAAGCUAUUUUUUUUACAUUUACUUCAUACCGAUCUUUCUUUUUCAUUAUUAUCAAUUUCUUUCUGAACACCCAUCACUUUAAUCCCAUUUAUUCUUAUCCUGUUUUCAUUUUUAUUCUUAUUUUCUCCUUCAAUCUAUCUCCUUUACGCUCAUUCCAUUAUUACUAUCCUCACUUGUCUCAAGUAAUUCUUUAUUUUGUUUCUUAUAAAUACCCGAUUUUUUUCUUCUUUGAUUUCUUCACUAUCUUCCAUAUCUUUUUAUGA